AAUUUUCUCUCUCUCUCUCUCUGUUAUUCCUCAGAUCCCCCCCUUCCGCCAAACACCUCUCCGUCGCUCCCUCCUCCCCUCCACCAGCCAUGAUGGCCACCCUCACCGCCACCGCCGCCGUCGCCUCCGCCUCCGCCGCCAUCCGCCCGUUCCGCUCCCACAAGCCCUCCCGCGCUCCCGUCGGGAUCCGGUGCUCCGUCGCCGAGGGCCCCGCGAUCUCCCAGCCGAGGGCCGCCGGCGGGGGACUGGUUGAUUGCGUGGUGGUCGGGGGCGGGAUCAGCGGGCUCUGCAUCGCCCAGGCGCCCGCCACGAAGCACCGCGACAGGGCCCCCGACGUGGUCGUCACCGAGGCCAGGGACCGCGUCGGCGGCAACAUCACCACCGUCGAGAGGGACGGCUACCUGUGGGAGGAGGGCCUCAAUAGUUUCCAGCCAUUCCGAGAUUUGUACGUUCCCAUUCCGAGAUUUUUCACUUGGGAAUGUUGUUUGAAGAAUUUGAAGCGAUAUUUGGGGAGCCCAAGGUGGAAUGGUCGAGCGGAGGAGGUCAUCCGCUGCGGCGGUUGUUGUAUUAUGUCCACGCUCCGGACCCUUCUCACCUCAGGAUCCACGUCACGGAUUUCCACUCCAACACUUGGGAGGCCAUUCGCUCUGUUCAUCAGCUCGAGGACAUGAGGGACAACAUUGGGAUUGGUCGCUCUUGGUCUGAGUUCAUUGACUAUUUCGUGGCUUCAAUAAAGUCUGAAGAUGUAAAAGUUGUUCUGCAUGGACAAUCGGACUCAGGGGCUACAUCUGCAAAGUUAGUUGCUCAGAAAGCCAAAGGAAUGCCAUUGAUAUUUGUUACUCUUGUAAAACUUGUGGAUUUUGCUGCAAGGGAGGUGAUGGGCAACCUGUCAAUGCAGCUAUUCAUGGCAUUCAAGAACACUCACACUUCACUUGCAUUCCUUGAUAGAAAAUGCUCUGCAUGGAUCCUAGAAGAAGCAAGAUGCUCUGUAAGAACUUCACGAUCUUAUUACCUCGAAGAGAUCCCGAGCAUGGCAAAUACCCUUGAGAGGAUUAUGUUCAAGUACAUUGAGCUAUGUGUUGAUAUGCGGAGGGGAGAUUUGCCACGGAUGUUCAAGUACAUUGAGCUAUAUGUUCAAGUACAUGGAAAAUGUAGAUGAAUGUAUUUCAUUUUCAUAUUAUUAUAAUAGUUUGAUCACAUUGAGCUAUAUGUUCAAGUACAUGGAAAAUGUAGAUGAAUGUAUUUCAUUUUCAUAUUAUUAUAAUAUUUUGAUGUUAUUAAGUGCUUAA